AUGGGAAACUCAGCAAGUGACAUUGUCCAAAGAGUUGGAUCGCUCAGUAACGACGCUUUAGUUAAAACUCUUGGAAAAGACGCAGAACUCUUGAAAAAUCCAGAAGUCAUGUUUGACGUCAGUGAGCUCUUGGUGAGAAGUGACCUCGAUAGUUAUCAUGUGCCAGGGUCAGAAUCUCUAGGGUUGAAGAUUGAUGAUGUAGGAACCAAGGAUGAGGAGUCAAUGAUGUGCAGCUUAAUCAAUAGUGCUCGCUUACGUGAAAAGCACGAGGACACUAUCAAGUCUCUCCUUGAAGAAAUUCUCAGAAAGAGAGGGGAUGAUCCGAAUUCCAAAGAAAUGAUACUGAGAAUGCAAGGCUUCUGCAGGAUUUUUGAAGCUCUGUUGAGAAUGGAAGAGCGCGAAAAAAGAAAUAAGGCUGAAAAAGAGAAAGAAGCACCUAAGAAAACCGUCAUCAUGCCUCCUUUGGCCAGAGCAACUAUGAGAUUUGGGUUCAAUACUUUGCUAAGAAUUGUCAACAUGAUGGGAUCCAAAAACCCGAACGUCUACAAGUUCAUGAUUUCUCAUACCUCAGAAGUCCUUGCAGAAAUGCAGCCUUUGUCGCUAAAAACAGACGAUCCAAGUGUUAAUGCUACCAUUGAUAAAAUGGUCGUCUUCUUCGAAAAGAUCUUAAGUGGAGAACUAGGCAACCUUAGUGACCAAGACAAGAAAAGCAGCAUCUCUUCUCUCUUUGCUCUUGCCAUUGCCUCAGGAAACCUUCUCUCUAUCUUAGCCCUUGCUAAUCAUUUCCUCAAACUGAAAAACGAGCCUGAAUUUGCUUCAGUUGUCCAAUUCCUGACUCCGCAUCUUAAAAGCUUUAAAGAGCUGAAAAUAUACGACGAAGACCUAACCUGGGAUAACAGCAGAUCAUACAAUAACAUGACUAUUUCAGGCAACCAAAAGACUAUUUCAGCAAGAGUCUCCAAUUAUAGUGCAGCCUUAUCCACAGACGUCUAUACUACUGGAGUCCACUAUUUCGAAUUCCUCAUUGAGCAAAGAAAUGACGAUUACUACAUUGGGGUUGCAGAUUCUGCCUACGCAAAUUUUGAUAGCAAUUAUGACUCCAGGGUCCAAAGUUACACGUAUAGAACUAAUGGCUACUAUUAUAUUAAGGACAGUUCUCAACACCAGUGGCAGAGCUUGAUGGCUGGAGACAGACUUGGCGUCUUUUUAAAUAUGGAUAAAAAAACAGUGACUUUUUAUAAAAAUGGAGAAAAAGACCCGAAAGGAUCACAAAGCAUUGCAUUGGAGAGCGCAAAAGUAAUUGGGGUCACUUAUGGAAACUGUCAGAUUUCUAUUGUAGAUUAUCCUGAGCUACCAAGCGAUAUUUAUGAUGCAGUUUAUAGUGCUAUCCCAAUUGAUCUUGACUCAAAGGUCGCACAAUUGAUAGAAAGCAAUCAAAGUCUCGCUGGGGUUAGCCCAAGCGAAAUCACUGCAUUUGUCCUUAAAAAGCUUGCGAACCUUAACUCUAAGCAUCUAGCCAAGCUUAACAACGGCCAAAAACUUCCCUCAAAGAAAAGUGGGAUUUCUCUCGAUGUUCAAGUCCCAACAAUUGAAAUUCUUGACUCAAUUAUAGCUUACUGUGGAGAAAUUUCCAAGCACCAAAGCGAUGUUAGCCAAGAAACCUGCAUAGAAAUCCUUGACUCUGCUUUUAAACUGCUGCAAGCACAUCUUUUGGGCUCAGCCUUUAUCAAAGAAUGUGACCUAAAUUUACAAUUCCGCCAUAACAUUAUAGAGCACACCACAGAAAUCCUUAACCUCCUACCAAAUACCAAAGCUUCAGAACAAGGCACAGCUACCCUGACUUCCUGUUUUUCAGUUUUCUAUGACGAGCCUCAAGAAAAACUGGCCUACCUUGUCGAAAGUUUAGAAGGCAUGAUUAAAGGGCAAGAAAAAUCGGGGGUUUUCAAAGAGCUGGAAGACAAAAUUCUGCUCGAAAUGGCUUCACCUGAGGUGCUUUUCCCUGCUCUUGAGCUGAUUAACGACGAAUAUGCAGCUACAAUAGAAAAAUACUUGUUCUUCUUGUGCGAUUUGGCAGCGAGUCAUUCAAUUAAGCUUAUUGAUGGAACUGAAACAACAGUUGGGAUCAUAAAGCUGCUGGAGUCAUCACAGAUCGUGCUGAUUGCUCAAGUGGCAUAAUUAAAAUAUUUUAUCGAUCGAAUUUUCUGGUUCCCGACUGAGAAUUUAUUUCUAGAGUAUUUUAAUAAUGAGGUUUGGUUCCCCUGGUGGAAUUAUCCCAUCUAUUUUAAUGAAGAAGGAGUCGUUGGUUUUCCUACCAGACUCCUGACUUUAGGGAAUGGAAUUUUCUAGAAGUACCACUUACCCCAGGAGGUGGAGACUGGAACCUUUAGGAUGCCUAAGCUCAAAGAAGAGUUGUCAAACCUAAACUUCUAGAUUGGGGUCCUCUUUUGAUGAUCAAAGUCGGAGGUGGUCACACCUUUGGUGGGCCUGAGGAAAAUAGCACGAAAUUUAUUCCAGAGCAAAGUUGGAGGUAGCUGGGUCGAACAGCCUGGUAAUUGACGUUAAACGUGUAUAGAUUAAUUAAGAUUAGGAUUGCUCAAGCUGCAAAGGCGAACUUCCAAGGGAAAUGGCAAGAUAUUUUGGUUUCUUAUUCAAUUAAAGUCUGCCAAGCCAGUGAUGAUGUGCUGAAGCACGUGUCUGAAAAGCAUAAAGUAGGCUUGCUGCCUGAUAAUCUUGUUGAAAAAAUCAACAAAACUAUUGUGAAAAACGUUUUAGAAGGGCUGCUGUUUUCUUUGAUGCUAAGCAAGCUUGGACUGGACUUUUUAAGCAAAAUUAUGCCAUUGCUCCAAAAUAUUAUUGCUUCAUUAGCUUUCUUUAUGUCGACUCCUCCUAAACUUACAUUAGGCUCUGGAAUUGUGACCACUAUUUACGAAAGCUCCCACAAUUAUGAUAACAACCUUGAUUUGACUUACUUGGUAAAAACUCCACAAGCGAAGAAGUAUAUACCUAAUGAGUGUAAGUGGUCCAAUAAUAGUUUUUUAGGUUUUUCAAUAGCGAUUUUCUCGGUCAUUCAUAGCUAUUAAGUAUACCCUGGUUUUUGACCCACAAUGCAGAACAGAAAAUGGCUGUGAUUAUUUGAUUUUAUAUACAGACGAAUCCAAGUCCUCUCAAAUUGCAAGAUGGGAAGGAGAAAACUUCCCUAAGGAGCCUUUUGAAGUUAAUCAGACUCAGAUGUUUUUCACUUUUCAUUCAGACGGGUCAGUCAAUUAUUGGGGAUGGAAAAUAGAGAUCAAAGCUGUUGUUGAGAUGUCUUACUAUAAGAAACAGUGGCCAGAUACAACCAAAGAAGCCUGUGGUAUGUUGCUUGGGCUGAUUAGCACUAAAUUAAUUUCAGGAGACUUUGAGCUUGCUCAAGAAGAUGAAGAAGCGUCUAACUCUCCCCUCUGUGGCAAGCAAAACCAUGGAAAAAAUUCUAUUUUUUGCCCAAAAACCUACCCUCCGUAACAAGCAAAAAUGUUUUUAAGAAAAAUUAUUUGAUAUAUAAUUAUAACGAAAUCUCUAUUAAAUUCUGUUUACUUUUAAGCAGCUGCAUUUAAAACAUAAAUUUUUUAAAUUAAAUUGAUAUUUGCUUUAAAAAUGAUUAAAUUUCGAAAAAAAAUUACUAUAAAAUUUAUAAUUAAAUUUUUAUAAAGAAAAAAUUAACCCCCCCUCAUGAACAAACAGUUUUUGUGUUUGCUUACGAAGAGGGGAGUAAGUUACUCAGCAAUCCUCUAUUAAUGUAUGGCAUCAAAGACUCUUGCUUAGUCAUUGCAAAGGAGCCUGGAAAAAUCAAUGAAAAUUUGAUGACUUUAUCGACAACUCCAGGAAUUGGAGAAAAGCUCAAAAAGGCAAUGCUUACCAGAAGCUACUCAGAAGACGUCAGCAGAAGAGUUAUUAGAAGUCAGCAAGUUGCAAAAACUCUUGACGACUAUGUCUCUGACUAUGGAUAUUGGGAAUCACCAACAUACUCACUCCCCCAUUUAAAUUGAAGCAAAAUAUUAUCAGUAAAAUGUGCAUUUUUGGGGGCACUUUAGCCCGAUAGAUUUAAAUGGCAUGGUGAAUCAUUCCACCCUCUUAAAUUCCUGUAGCCGAAAUGCGAAAGGGUGCUGGAGACCUUGAUGAAGGGAGUAUGGCGCUCGAUAAGUGUGUCCGGCUAGGUUUUCUGUGCAAUAUCGAGUUAGUCAACCGCAAGUUUUACUCCAAUGCCAGAAGAUGGGUCCAGAAGUAGAAAGGGGUUUCCCAGCAGUGUCAGUAGCGUUCUUCUUGACCAAUCGGAACUAUUACUCAGUGUGAAGCCAGGAGCUGCGCAUUGGGCUACGGAUUUCUAUCUUAGCUGAGAGUUGACCAAACAAUUCAACCCUUUUGAAUUUUCAAUGGUGGAACCCUGCUAAUAUACGUCACGGUGUCAAAAAACUUCCUGACUACCAGGUAGCAUAUGCAGGCCAUAUCUGGUAGGAGCAAUACUUAGAAGGUCAUGAGACGAUUGUCGGUGAAGAAACGAACGGAACUUUAUGGAAGGGAAUAAGGAUCUUCGAGUCUCAGCAGGGAGCUUUUCUAUAAUUUAACUAAAUGUAAUGUUUUUAAAAGGGCACUUUAAGCCCUUUAAAUUAGAACAAUUUUGUUUUCAAUAGGAAAAUUCUACCGAUGAGUGUGCUAAUUUUUAUAAAAUUAGUUUUGACUUAAUUUAAUAGACAAAAAGCAAGUAGAAUAUUUUUAUAUAAUUCUAAAUUAACAUUCAAAUUAUUACUUAAAUUAUAUUUUCUUGAAAAUUCAAAAAUUUAUUUUGAAAACAAUUAAUUUACUAGAUUAAAAUUUUAAAAAAUUAUCCACAUUUAAAUUGGCACAGAAUUGCUAGUUACGAUUUAAGGGGAAGAGUCAGAUGUUCCAUUCCUGCAAGAAUUUAUUGAAGGCAAAGAAUGGUGUUUAGAAGCUUGGAAAGAAAUUAAGAAGAAAUCAGGGGUCGUCGGGCCUGCCACAAAUAUUGGUGGUUCCGAAAUGGACCAAGCUGAAAGAGCAGUCUUUGCAGUUUACACUGCCUUCUUUGAAAUGGUCGAUACAGUCUCAAAACUGUUCCACAAUCCUUCAGAUAUUGGAAUCACCCUCAAAAACAUUGUAAAGCAAACUAACCUUAUCAGAGGAUGGGCACAGAAGCAUAAGCAAUUAUUGAUGGACAAAGGAAACCCCGACAUCACUUAUACAGACAUUUGCCUUGACAUCGUCAAAAAAUGCACCAUUUUGCUUGGGUCUGAAUAUAAGCUUUCUCUUAAUGAGCUUGGUGUCAGCAAAGUCAUGAGACACUUAUUGUCAUCUGUAGUAAAGGCUCAAAAGAGUGAUAAAGUGAAAGUGAAAGAAGAUAGUAAAUGGAACAUCCUUAAAGAAGCUGUUGGAGUUGCCUCAACUCUAAAAAAUUUGCUUACUAUUUCGUCAAAAUCAGGUGGAGAUGAAAAUGAUGACAUGAAAGAAUUUGGAAGGGUACAAGAGUUAGUCAAUAGCUUCUUACUACCCCAACCUCCAUGAGAGAUCAAAAAAAAAUUUGUUUUCAUGGAAGGAAUUAAUUUUUUGUUAAAAAAAUUAUAUAUAUAAAUUUUAUAUUAAUUUUUUUUUCGAAUCCUAAAUUGUAAGUGAAAAUUAAUUUAAAUUUGUAAAAUUAGCUAGAGAUUUCAUUUUACUAAUUGUCACUUAUAUAUCUAAAUAUUUUUCAUAAAACAUUUUUGAUACUAAAACAAUGUUUUUGCUUGCUGGGAUGGUUUUUAUCCAAAAAUAGGGACUCUUCGAAUGAUUUUGUUCGAUCACAGAGGUUGGAGUUAGAAUCGCCUUGCUCUGUUGAAAAAAUUGUUGAUUUGUUGGAUCAGAGAAGAACAAGAGCAAUCGCAAGAGUCCUUGGAUAUCUUUCAUUACAUUACAUUAUUAUCUAUAUCGUUAAACGUCCACUACGGGGUAACCGUUACUCCAUGGCUGCCACCAUAUUUAUCCACGUGUCGUGCCCAUGAACCUCUGGACUGAUCCACUUGUUUCGCCAGGGCACGGGUAAAUACGAUGUUCCGGCUUCGACGGGCUGCGUUCGCCUCGGCUCCUUGACUCAGCUCCUGCGCGUGUUUCCGCCUAAGGGUCUCCUUCCUCAGGUGUGCUGAGAGGUAAAACUUCGAGUCUCUUGAUGUACUAGGAGCAGUGCCUCGGCUUAUCUGCCAGAGUUAAACUGCUAUUGCUGUACAGAAGUUCUCAGAAGAAAACCUAACCCCAUAAAUAAAAUUGCUCGAGGGAGAGAAAAUUUAGCGGAGCUAAUUUCACUCGAACCGAAUGCCAUUUUAUUUAUCCCUUGGAUAUCUUUCACUGGCAAAUUUUGUCAAUAUUUCUCCAAGACAAGAAACUAAUUUGAUCAGAGCUUUUGGAGACUCUUUGAGAAGUAAAGGAACAAAGAAGCAUUAUUGGCAUAGCUUACUACAAGUUUUGAAUGGUUUUUUAUCUAAAAAUUUAUUUUAUUUAAAUUUUUGUAUAAAAAUAAUUUUAAUACAUCAAUUUUUAUUUAAAUUCUAUGAAUGAAUGGGUUAGAAGGAGUUGAUCCUUGCUUGCUCUCAAUAGUCCAAAAAUCAUUCUACCAGAUCUUUGGACUUCUACAAAAAGAACUAAUUAGAUCAAGACAAAGACCACUCACACUGCAUGCAUACAACCACUAUUUAAGUGUCUUAGAAGCAAUGAGCAGCCCUCUCAGAGGCGUUGACGCUUAUAUGAUCCUCGAGCUGCAGCUGACCUCAACUGUAAACAUUCUUCUCAGUUGGGCCAAAGGACAUGUUGGUGAAGAAGUCAUCAACAGACCAUUCCAACUCAACAAGUGCAUCACAAGGCUCGGCGUUUUUGAAGGAGACUCAUCAGGCAUCCAAUCCGCCAAGAUUCUAGCAAACAGAACUGAAGAAGGAACAGAAACCUGAAUUUCUUUGGAUAAAGGAGGCGAAAAUGUGCUACCAAUAUCUGAGCUUAUCAUUUCUGAUUCUCAGCUAGAAGACUAUGAAGAUGCAACAGGGCCUAUCGUAAUUGCAGGACAAACCAAGUAUAUCAUGGUCAAAAGAGAAGACCCGCGAAGUGACGGGAAGUAUCUGACUGAUAUUCCUGACCUUAGCAAUCCUACCUUUACUUCUUGGGAUGAAAUUGCUGCUUCAGAGCCAGCUGAAGAGAAAAAGGAAAGAGAAAGGCUGAAAGAAAGACUCAGCAAGAGCGCUUGGUCGCUAUUCAAAAUUCUUAUGUACUCAAUUGUAGGCUCCAUGAAUGAAUAUAACGAAUCCAAAAAAAUCCUUGUCCAGGAACUUUUCGUCAGAGUCCUCUUUGUUGAGCUCAAAUGGGAUGACACUUUGCAUCAGCCAGACUCAGAAGAUUUCAAAAUCGGCAAACUCAGCAGUGGGUCUCCUUGGAUUGGACAAAUGCUAGUUCCCAAAGGGUACCAGAAAAACCCGAUGGUGGAAUGGCUCAGGCAGUUUAAAUUUGAGAUUGAGCACUAUGAAGACUUUGUGAUCAAAGACGUGAUCAAUGAAUUUGUAGAAAAAGCUGACCCUGCAAUGAAGGGAGUCCUUACUCACAAUGACCUUGUCUAUGUCGACGAAGUCAUUGCAUCCACUUUACAAUCAUUUGAAGAGAACAAGAACUACAAAGGAGAAUUUGACUUUUUCAGAUAUUUGAGGGUGUUGAGGAGCUUGGCUGGAGACUUCCCACUGGAUGUCCAAGAAUAUAUAGAAAACUCUAAACUGUGGCAGACACUCCCUGAAGACUUUUAUACAGCUUCAAGAGACUAUGAUAUGAGCAACAUUUCGAGGAUCCAAGAAAUCAUUGCAGCAAGACUGACGAGGACUGAUGAGAAUUCUUUUACGCAGAUUUUGGAAAGAUUUGUGCAGUCUGAAACACCAGGAAUUGUUGACAAAUCACAAUUGGACGAGAAAACUCCGAAUGAAUUCAAAAACUCAUCACAAAACCUUGAUUUGUAUGUGACUCUCCAUGCAAUUAUUAGAAAUCAGCAGAAAUUCGAAAGCUACUAUAAUGAGCUUCAAGAAGUCUUUAGGAUUUAUGAUGACCUGCCAGCUUCUUGUGAGGAAAUUUUGAAAGAAAGGAAAGGGCAGUCCAACUAUAUUGGGUCAUUAUUAUGGACACUCUAUGGCUGCUUUGGCUCUAAUUGCAUCGUAUCGGUUUUGGCAAGAGAAGAAUAUUUGGAAGAGCUUCUCAAGCUUACCUUCCUCAGUUCAUCUGAAAACACCAUCUUAAUAGGUGCAAGAAUCCUUGCCAAAGUACUUCCAGGUCAGCACUCUCCUCACUCUCUCCUUUGAGAGUGAUCAAAACCAUUGGAAGAACCCCUAAUUUUGGGAAAAAAACUCAAGCAAAAAUUUUUUUAUGAAUGCUUUAAUAUACAUGAUAAUUAUAAUGAUAAAUAUCUAAAUAAUUCUGCUGAGUUUAAUUUUUUUGCUUUAUAACACAUAAACUUAUACAUUAAUUAAUAUUGCGCUAAUAAAGAAAAAAUUGUUCAAUAAAAAAUUAAUACAAUUGCUGAGAGGCAAAAACAUGUUUAUCACUUAUGGAGAAUGGGGAGUCAAUCAUUUUCCAAAGCAUGGGACAAUCUCACCAAAUAUUUACCUUUAACAGAGCGCAAGCUUGACUUCACCACUUUGCUUUUCAAUAAACUCGGCAAAGCUAGCUUUUGGUAUGGGCAAAAAGAGCACCAAAAAGCUCUUUAUAGAUGGGGAUAUGAGAUUAUCAGCUUAAUAUUAGCUCUUGGUGCCGUUGAAAGGUGGAGAGCUCAUAUACUUGACAAAGUAAUUGAAAGCUUGCAAAAAGCAGUCUCUUCUUUAAUUUCUGGAACUCCUCUUGAUCUGAGCCAUAUUGGAGUGCUUUAUUUCUUAGGAAGUUCUGCUAAAAACAAUGACCAAGUUGACAGUGUGCCUUUAGAGCUCUCCAGAAUUAAACUAAAAUCAAGCAACUUCGCCCAAGGAACUAUAAAGAAUAUUGAUGGAGUUAAUAUCACUGUCUAUUCAGUUGUAGAAGACUCUGAACUGAUUGAGCCUGAAGCAAAUAUUGAAGCAGUAGAACCGUAUGUAACGAAUAACUUUUAUACAGAGCUAAGUUUAGAUGAGAAAAAGAAUCUAGCUAGAUCCGUCAUGGACUUCUGGAAAGCGCUGCAAGAAUCUUACGAAAAACCGCUUAAAGGUAAAGCAGACAUGCUAGGAGAGCUGAGAGUACUCUACACCAAAAUUGAUAUGUAUGCACUUUUAUGCAUUUCUGAUCUCUUUGAGAAAAAAGAUAUGGCAAAUGAGUCAGAAAUUGAAGAUGUCCUAAGACUGGUUAUUAAAAAGAAAAAUGUAAGCCAGAACUUUUCCAGAGACUUGUAUAGCACAAUUAUGACUGAAAUUAAUAAGAAGCUCAAGAAAAAUGUGCAGGCUGAAGAGGAAGAAGAAAAAGAAAUGACUGAAGAGCAAGCAAUGGCUAAGCUCGCCCAGAUGAAAGAAGAGGACCAAAUUCUUGCAACUGAACUCCUCUCGCUUGACAUCCCAGUCUUAAGAAUCGUCAAAUGUUUUGAGCAAGGCAUCAAAGAAAUGGAUAAGAUCCUUUCCUAUCAAGACCCAGCAAAAGAGCAAAAGGCAUCUUUAGGAGUUCUGUACAGCCUUGGCGGCAUUAAUUUCCAAACAAAGGACCCUGAGGGCCAUGCAGAAAUUUUCCAAAACAAGCAAAGCCACUUUGUUAUCUCAAACUCAGGUGACUCAGCACUCAGAAAAGAAAUCACAGCAUCCAUUCCUGCCACCAUAUUCCAUAAUCUUGAAACUUUCUGUUCUUCCCUCACAUUUUUGGCUGCAUUAGAAGGAACUCCAUCUGGUGACCAGCUUAAUUAUGGGCUCAAAUUAGGAGACUUAGAACUAAGGAUCACUCAAGAUCCUGGCUUCGCUUGCCUUAUGGUCAAUGGAGACAUUGCGUGCGAGGUCAAUUUAUCACAGCCUGUCGAAUUGAGGAUUUUUUCGAAACCCUCUGGAUAUCUGUCAGUGGUUUAUGGGACAAGCCACACUGAUGUGCAUUCGAAUUCAGUUUUUAAUGGCCUAGAACUCGGCAAAUUUGGACUUUUUAUGAUGGAAGGGGAAUCAGCAAGCUUGCUAGCAUUUGAAAUUCAUGACGGAAAAUAUGAAGGAGCCUUCAAAAAUAAGUACAACAAAGCAGCUCCUAAUGCUGGAGGAGAAAACUACGUAACUGUGAAGUGCAAAAAAGACUCAAAUGAUAGGCUGAGACUCAGGAUGAUGGGCUACUCUGACGAGCAAAUAACUGAAGCACUAGGAAAAAAUGACGAUUUAUUAUCUGCAAUUAAUUAUUUAUAUGCAAACCAUGACCAAAAAUCAAUGAGCGGAGAAACUCUGUCCUUGAUCUAUGAAAGCAUUAUUAGUGUCAAGCUCUUUGAUACCUUGGCUGAUGUGCCUAAAGGAUUUAUUGUAGCGCCUGUUUAUGAAGAUGGUAAAGCAAUUGAGUACGACAUCCCUAAUCGCAAAAUCUUGGCUUUCAAGAAAGAAAAAUUGACUGAAGGCAACGUAUGUACUGGAUUCUGCAUUGGAGAAUCCAUUAGAGAUGCUGAAAACCUAGGCGAAUUCGCAAUUUCAACAGCUAAUGAUCGCAGCCUCCCUGUAUGGGCCAAGAUUUCUCCUAUCUCCAAAAAAGAGACUUCAAUCAAAGACAUUGCCUUGAUCAAAACUGCCAAAGUCCACUCUGUGCAAGUUCCUAGAGGAUUUUUGCUUAUUUGUGAUAAAGAAGGAAAAGCUCUGAACGUAGCACCUAAAAAUGAGAAAAACUACUAUAUAUUUGUGGCUGUAAAAUACCAGCAAAGCUUGCUCGACUGUUUUAUCACUCCUUUCAGCUCAGUCAGUGCCACAGCUUCCGCAUUUGGAAUUGUGGAUCAAUUUGAAGGCGGAGAAAAGAAGGUAGCUGGAAAAGAGGAAGAAGUGAAAUACGACCAAUUAUCAGUCAUGGAACUGUUCAGCAAACUCUGGAGGGUUGAAGAAAGCAGACUUCAAAAAUCAUCAAAAAAGCUACUAUUAAGCUUACUUAAGGCCUCAGAAACCUAUUUGCUUUCUCUUUCAGAUAAAGAAGGGUUCGGAAAAGUUGUUGACUUCCUUGGAGAAGACUUGAACAUGCUAACUCCCCCCUCCGUGAGUGAACAAAACCAUUAGAAAAAUCCCUAUUUUUUGCUCAAAAACCCACCCUCUGUGAGUGAAAAAAAUUUUUUUUAUGGAAAAAAUUUUUGAUAUAUAGUACCCCCCCCCCCCCCCCCCCCUCGUUUGUCGCAUUUUUCUAGUUUUUUUUUAAGGGAAAAAAAAAUUUGCAAGACCUCGUUUGUCGCAUUUUCUAGUGCAAAUACAUUUGUCGCAAUUUCUAGUUUUUUUUAAUUUUUUUUUGAUGUCGCAAAUCUUAGUUUUUUUAAAAAAAUAGUUUCUGAUUAAUUUAAUUGAGUAAUUAUAGAGGAGUUUACCUUACAUUUGCCUGCAGAGGGUUAGCAGGCCCGAGUCCUUCCCAGUCCUUCCCAAUCCUUCCCAGUCCUUCCCAGUCCCUUCCCACUUUACUCUCCCCUUUUAGAGAAUAGAUUAAAUUAGCUAGCUUAUUAACUCCAUUCUCCUUGCGCUUCAAUGACCUGCCUUGCUCUUUCAUUUUUCACCUUAAGAAUGGAAUUUUUUCACUUCCUCAAAAGAAAUUUCGUCCCAUGACUCCUGAAUGGCAGCAAUUAGUCUGGCUUUGCUGUCAGGCCUUCUUUUCUCCACUUUCCUCUUCAAAUUGGCCCAGAUCAUCUCAAUUGGAUUGAGAUCUGGGCUCUUCGGCGAUUGAGUCUUCACAUCAAUCCCGCUUUCUCUGCAAUAUUCCAUAGUCUGCAUUGCAGUAUGGGCUGUUGCCCCAUCCUGAACGAAGGUGUAGUCUCCAUAGGCUCAAUAUAGCCCUGGAGAAUGUCUCUGAUAUAGACCUGGGCAUUGAUUGCAUACUUCUCCUUCUUUAUGAAGAGCAUUUUGCCAAAAACGAUAGAAAUUCCUCCCCAGAUCAUAAUUGAGGUUUUUCAAUUGAUAGGCUCUUCAAUCGUUGCGUUUAUCCCUUCUUUGCACAAAUUAGAGUUACGAAAGAGAUGCACAUAGCACUCAUCACUGAAGAUCCAUGAAGCGAUAUCUGAGUCAAUCAAAGACCUAGCCCAGGACAUUCUCUGCUCUUUAUGAGCUUCAGUUAGCUGUAGAACAGUCCUCUUCUUCCUAUAGACAUAUCCCCUCUUCUUCAGCUCUUUUCCUAGCUGUUCUUCGCUGAUGUCAACUGUCUUUCUUUUGAAUUGGGCCCUCAAACUUGCCUUACUGACAAAGCCUGUAUCCUUCUCACAUUCCUUAAUGACCUCAGCAAAGUCUUCAUCACUUCAAUGCUUUAGGGGAGAUCUGGAUAGUGCCUCUUCUCUUCCAGCCGCUUCGUCAGAUUCACUCUCAGUAUUCUCUGCAGCAAUUCGCUCAAUAGUCCGUUUAGAAGUCCCCAAGAUUGUCGCAAGUUCUUCGUUUUUAAAGAAACCUACGUCAAUGAUCCUCUUGACUAUGCUCUCUCCAUCAUUCCAUUUUCUUAGGAGGAGGCGAUAGUCCAUGGUCCACAAGCUUCCGCCUGAGCUCUAAAGUGUGCUCUUCAGGAUUGAACUUGUUGGUGUAGUGCCUGAUCGUCGUCAGGCUCAUGUCCUUGCCACAAGCAGCAAGACGCUCUUGGAUCUGCUUUGCAUUGAGCCUCUCUCCAUAGGCCAUGCUUUGAAUCAUUGCCGGAUUUUUAUCGGCUGGUCCUCAAUUUCGCGCAACUCCAUUAAUUAAUAUGGAAGACUAGAAAUUAAGCUAUCAAAUAAGGAAAUAGGCAUGAAGAUAGGGGAAUAAGAAUGGUGAAUGGCAAGUGGUGAGGCUUAAGCAAUGGGAGCAGGUAAUGGGAAGCAAGCUGUGGGGAUUGAGGAAUGGGAGCAAGGAUUUUGAAGGAAGAAAUGAUGAAAUUUCACUAACUGAUCCCUUGACGAAUUUUAAUUUUUAGGAAUUUAUAGAGAGAAAAAAAACUAGAAAAUGCGACAAGCGAGGUCCUGAACCGAUUUUUUUUUUGGCUUAAAAAAAAACUAGAAAAUGCGACAAAUGAGGUCCUGAAAAUUUUUUUUUCUCUUAUAAAAAAAAACUAGAAAAUGCGACAAACGAGGGGGGGGGUACUAUAUAAAUGAUUUAGCAUAAUAAAAUCUAGAGCUAAUUCUGUUUAAUUUUAAACGAAUUGCUUUUUAAAACAUAAAUUUAAUAAAUUAAAUUAAUAUUUGCUUUCCAAUUUUUGCGAAUUAAGAUUUUUUAAAUUUCGAAAAAAAAAUAUUUUUUAUAUAAAUUUAUAAAUAAUUUUUUUUUUUAAAAAAAAAAAUUAACCCCCUCCUUGAGUGAACAAAAUUUUUUUGUUCACUCACGGAGGGGGGGAGUAAGCAACUCCUUUGAUGUACUUCUUGGUAACAGUUCUCUGGUUAAAUUCAGGGAAGAAGUCGUCAAGGAGUCGCUUGAGAAGCUUCUCAAAUACUGCAUUCAGCCUUCAGAUGCAAUCGGAGGAAUGCUGGCGUCUUUAAUUAUCGAAAGCAACCACCCUUAUGAAGACAAUAUGAACGUUGACGACGUAAUUUCUAUUCGCGGGGCAAGGGCACUCAGAAUCGAGUUUGACUCUCAAUGCUACACAGAAAACAACUGCGACCAGCUGAGGUUCUACGAAGGUCCUAAUAGAAGCGGAGAGCUAGCUUGCUAUACAGGACAAGGAGAAUCAGUAUGGAAGCCUCUUGACGUUCCUGGAGAUACUGUUUAUACUUAUUUCCAUUCAGAUGGGUCUGUCCACUACUGGGGCUAUAAAUUCACUGUAAUUCCUGUCGGCUCUACUUCUGGAGAUUCAGUUGAAAGGCCAGAUUCUGCUCUCUGGAUGCUUGAAAAAAUCGCGAAAAUUGCUGAGCUAGACAACGGCUUGGAGCUUUCACUGUCUCCAAGACUGAUUCAACCUUUAUUCUUAUUCUCUCUUACAGCAAGUCAGACUGAUGAAAAAUGCAAAGCCAUUGAUAUCAUUCGCAAACUUCUUAGAGGACAGCAGCACUCAACUAUGAAAAAUAUAUUGCAGCUUCUCCUGCAAGAAGCCACAACCCUUUACAACGCAAAUAAGUCAGCAAAGUCUAGUCACCCGCUCUUGCAAGCCCUUAUCUUGUUGCUCGCACAAAAUAAAGAUAGGUAUCAAAUUGACAUCAACGAGAAUUGGUUUGUCGACUUCUGCGAACUUCUUUCAGAUAUGAAAGGACUUGCUGACAAGGAUGCUUCGCUUGAAGACUUUUUAUUCGAGAAUUUCAGAACUAAGGUAAAUGCCCUUGAAAAGAUAUUUGAGUCAAGCCAUCCUUAUGAAAGAAUCAUGAAAAAGAACUUACUAGAAAUCCAAGGAGCCAGCUCAUUAACACUUGAUUUCGAUCCUCAGACCAAGGUGCUUCCAUAUGAUGAUAUUUACUUAUCAUAUGAUGAAGCAGGACUGAAAAACGCCCAAGACUUCACUUCUAUUAGGCAGCUUAAGGACGCCAAAUGGGCAAACGAUCCAAAAGGCCCAGAUAUUUCAUUCUCCAACAAUAACAUGACAGUGACACGAACCAACUCCAGCGGAUGGGGAUGUGCCCUGUGGAACGAAACCUACUCAAGCAAAGUGACAACUAUUAAGUUCUAUAUCGACAACUCAGGAGAUAGCACCUACCUGUACAUUGGAGUUUUCAAAGCUGGAGAGGAAUACUCUCUAAGCACAUAUAUAGGCACAGACUCACCUACCCCAGUCUGGAGUUGGAAGAUCUCAGGGGAGUUCUGCAAGAAAGGAAGUAGCCAAGACGGUCAGCCAAGCUAUACAACUGGAGAUUUAGUCGGCAUGCAGAUUGACAUGAACUCUAAGGUCCUCACUUUUUUCAAAAAUGACGUUGAAGUCUACAAGUUCACUGAUAUCGCUGAUGCCGUCGUCCCAGUCAUAUGCUUUGGCGGCUCCAACCAGCUAGUGACUAUCAGGUCAGUCGAGCAGGUUUCUUCAGCUGGAAAUGCAAGCAUGAGCGACAAGAAAAUCGAAGUAGCUGGAAGUUCAGUCUACUUGUGGUUCCCUAUCAAUAAAGGCUUUACCAGCCGGUAUUUCUGGGAAGGCAAUACUAAUUCUGUGAAAAGCGCAGAUGAGCUUACGAUUUCGAAGACAGGUGAAGGCCAAACCAUACAUUCAACAACUGCAAGAGUUGAAAAUGGAAGACACUACGCUGAAGUAAAAAUUUGCUCAGAAGAAGAAGUCGGAGUAGGAUUCUUCCACCAGAGUUCCAUUGAAGAAAAUAAGGCAGAAGACCAAAGACAAGCGAUUUAUUAUUCGACUGGAAAAAUAUCUUCACAUGAUUCUGGGACAGAUGGCUUUACUACUGGAGACACCAUUGGCUGCUAUAUUGACAUGGAAGCAAAGCAAAUCAUGUUCUUCAAAAAUGGCAUCUUCUUGAUACGCUUUAUAAAUGAAAACAUAGCAAUUGGAGAAACUUACAAAUUUGGGGCUGUUUUAACUGUCCAAAAUCAAUCACUUGCUAUAAUAGCAGAUCCAAACAUCCCGAAUGAAAUCGAUAUCUUGAAUCCAGUAGAAGCACCUGAUAAAGAGGAGUGGGGAUACAAAGUCAAGGUUGUACCUUCAUUCAGAGGAAGAAAUGCAAAGAUCACAGAGUCAAUUCUCAGCUUCUUAAGUGAAGAGACUCAAAAAGAGUGGAAAGAUGGGUACAGGGCUAAAUUCCUUCAGCUUUUCAAGUCAGGAGCUGCUGAUCAACUUGUUAUUUAUCUUGAUGAAAUGACUCAAGCUAAAGGUCUUGAAGUUUUACAGCUGACCCCAGAAAAUCUGAAUCCUACCGCAGAUGAACUUAUUUAUUACCCUGAAUUGGAAAGGCUCUCUAAAGACGACAUUACUGAGCUUUAUAAGAUCUUGGUCAAUUUCAACUCAAGAAUAGAGAACUUGCUCUACCUCUUUAAUCUCCAUGUUGAGUCUUACUCAAGCAUGACAGAGCUCCAGCGCGUCUUCAUGGGCUCCAGAAAUUACAUUUUCUUCAAGCUUAAGAAUGGGCUGCUAAAAGAAGGACUAUCCAAGACAGCCUGCGAGUCACGAACUGAAAUCACAGUUGACAGGCCAAAAGCAGCAAGACACAGACACAGAAAAGAUGUCGACGUAAACGGACAGUUCUCAGUCUUUGGCCAAGUUUAUAGACUAAUGCUUACUAAAGGCAACAGAGAGUACAGGAACUCAGAAAGAUUCUUCAGAGUCACUUAUAGAGGAGAGGCUGCAACAGAUGCAGGCGGCCCGUACAAUGAAACAAUCAGCAAUAUGUGUGACGAAUUAAUGUCAUCUUUCUUGAGAUUACUGAUCCCUAUUCCUAACAAUGUCAACAACAUGGGAGAAAACCGAGACUGCUGGAUUGUAAAUCCUGCAGCUGAAACCAAAAACGAUAUGGAGCUUUACCUAUUCCUUGGAAAACUCAUGGGAGCAGCUAUAAGAACUCAGAACAACCUCAAUCUAUCUCUUUCCCCUCUGUUCUGGAAACGGCUUUUACUUGACCCAGUCGAUAUAAGAGAUCUGAGAGCUACUGAUGUCUGCACUGUCCAAAUUUUAGAAAUUUUGCGAAAUCUCGAAGCGAACUCAAUAACGAAGGACAAUUUCAGCGACGCAUAUGAUAUCAAAUUCACAACCAAGGACACCAGCGGCCGAGACGUCGAGCUCAUUGAAAACGGAGCCAAUAGACAAGUCACUUUUGACGAUGCCAAAGAAUACGCAGAACUAGUUGAGAAAUUCAGACUCAAUGAAGGUGCAAAAGCAUACGAAAUGAUCAGAAAAGGCAUCAGCGCGGUCAUUCCUCUUGACUAUUUGAACUUAUUCAGCUGGAGACAAGUCCAAACUUUGGUAUGUGGAGCUCCUACCAUCGACAUCGACAUUCUGAAAGGCAACACUGACUAUGAAAGCUGCGGCAUAAAUGAUGCACAUAUUCAGCUCUUCUGGGACGUCGUUGGAGAAAUGUCACAAAAAGAAAGGUCUCUAUUAAUCAAGUUCAUCUGGGGAAGAUCCAGACUGCCUUCAGGAAGAGACUGGAGACACAUGAAGAUCACAAGGUACAACCCGCCUGGCGCCGUAAACAACUAUUUGCCAGUCACUCACACUUGCUUCUUCACCAUUGAUCUACCUCCAUAUACCACCAGGGACGCAAUGAAGAACAAACUUCUUUACGCAAUCACCCACUGCUCAGCCAUCGACUUGGACGGAAGUGCUUCUGCAGGAUGGGAAGACGCCGAUUAA